UAUGAAUACCGUCUUUGCUUCCAUUAGUGGAGCAGUCGCUUGCAAGCCUGUGAAGGUCUUUGAUGGUAUCGUUUGAUAUUGUUUUAGAGUGUUUUAGAGUACUUUAGAGUGUUCGAAUUCAAAGAUCAUGGCAUUGUCGAGAAUUAGCUCGUCGGAAAUUCUGAGCGCUUUGACCAGCGUGUCACGCGGAGCAUCUGCAUCUUUAGAGAUACAAUGUGCAACGCCAGCAGCGAUGCACCGACUGCAGCAUCCACUGCACCUGACGAGUCAGUGUCAUUAUCCGAAUGCACCAACUCUCGAUCUGCCAAACAAUGUCUCCAACAUAUUCGCGAACGAGACAGGCCGCUUUACUCCAGAACGUGCUCGUGAUAUCUCUCUGUAUGCUGAGAAUGGUGGCACCGCUGUCUCAGCAGCGAAAUCUUCCGGCUUCUCCAAGAUCUGCAUCGACAGCCACGUGGAUUCGUACGAUUGCUUCGGCGCCGUCAGCCUAAACGCCACAAUGCAGAGCAACGUGCCCAAGCCCUACUCGUCGCAUGGCAUGUCCACACACCUCAACAUGCCUGGUGGACAAUGGUCCCGCAAUUUCAAGUAUAUCGCCGAGGACAUGCAGCGUUCUCAUUACCGCAAGCUGUCGCGUACUGCAACUAACGCCUUCAUAACGAACUCGCUUUUACGAGCGACAUUUUCGUCGACCAGUAACAUCCGAAUGAGCUAUUCGACUGAUGCCUCCAAAGUGCCGAAAGACUCGGUGAAGGAUCAGGUGGCGGCAAAGACAACCAUGUCGCAGAAAGAUAGGUUUCGCAUAAUGUUAAAAGAUUACGGACGCGUCCUCCUCGUUAUUCAUAUCACUGUUUCGUUGCUGUCCCUUGGUACUUGUUACGUGAUAAUCACAAGUGGAGUAGACGUGACAAAGUUUGUGGCAACGAUGUGGGGAAUGAACGAGAAGCUGGAUAAUGUACUGAAAACCUCGACGGACUUCGUAAUAGCGUACACCAUUCAUAAAUUACUCGCACCUGGCCGAUUUAUGUUAUCCAUGGCCAUAACUCCAGUCUGCGUGCGUCGUCUGAGGAAGCUCGGCAUUCUCAAAAUGCCGAACGUAAAAAAACCACAGGUACAACCGCAAUCAUCUACAUCGUCAUCGCCACCUGCGUCUUCGCGAUAAAAAAAUUAUUAAAAAAAAACUCUUGAUGCUUCACAUCUUGACAAGAAAUCUUAAGGUAUGAUCCGUCACAAUGAAACAUGCGGAAGUAAUGAUAUCAGUGAACAGGAAUCAGGGAAUACUUAGGCAAUAUUUCGUAACAUUGGGUGCAAUACUGUUUCUAACAUGUGAUUAAUUAUAUUCACUUGGGUAGCUUGUAUAAAUACGGAUGAAUUGAUAUAGUUUCGUCACUGAUCGGAUUGAGGCACGUAUGAAACGAUUAUCUUUUUUUUUCUUUAGUACAUUAAGCGUUUAAUAUAAUAUAAUAUACAAGAGGUGCAGGCAUUUUAUAUUUAUAUGUAAAAAUGUUUAACAAUUUUGUAAAAAGAAAUUAUUAUCUGUAAAUAAACGUUAUGCGAUG